UGUCUGUGAGCUGAAUUGAACAGCUCUCCCACAGAGCCUGCAUGAGAAAUAAGGAAAAGCUAUGCUUCUGAAAAUGAUCAGAGUAGAUUAUCGUGAUGUGCUACUUUUCAGGAUGAAAUAUGACUAAAUUUAUAUUGAAGAGCAUUCUUUCAGAGUGGUCAGCAGUAAUUUCUCUUGUGUGAGUUUACGGAAAGCAAGUUUUGCCAUGGGGUGUGGACUUAGGAAGCUGGAAGAUUCCGAUGACAGCAGUCCUGGAAAAAUAUUCUCAACCUUAAAAAGGCCCCAAGUGGAAACAAAAAAUGACUUGGCGUAUGAAUAUGUCUUACUAGACUUCUCUUUAGAAGCAUCAGCGAAUAUCACUGCCAUAAAGAUUAAGUCACUGCUUGAUAUUCCAAGCAAGGUAGAAGAAUACUACUUAAGAGGGUAUAUGGUUGCUUCGGUCCAUCCAAUUAUUGUUUCAAGUGGUCGUAGAAGGCAUCUACCCAUUAGUUACUUGUAUCGAGUAGUACUAUAUCGACUUAAAUUAAGUCAAAAGCACACAGUAUCCACAGGACAGAAACAGGCCAGUCUUGUUAUUGAGGAGUGGAUGUCAUUAUAUGAAGCUCUUACAAAUGAAGGCAUGAAAAUUCUACUAGAAAAAGUAAAUGAUGCAUCCAGAAAAGGCAUGAGGUUUGUUGGAUUUAUAACAAAGCAUUUUCAUCAGUCUACAAAUACGCUAGUGGAUGUACAAAAACUGGAACAAAACAGCAGCAAAAACUCUAAUGAAGAUGCUAAUAAAAGACGGAACGAGGGAACAAUCAGUGGACAAUCUUCAGAAAGUGGAAUAGAUGAAGAAAUUAAUUUGGGAAACGAAAGCUUCCAAGACUCUGUAUUCCCAGAUGACGGGACAUUAACUAAAUUAAGAAAAUGUCAAGGUAAAACAUUAUAUGCCGUAUUUAACAUCUUAGAAAAUGAACUAAGUGGCUGCAAAUACAUUGAAGGUAACCUCUCAAUGAAAGUGUCUCGAAAAGGCACUACAAUCAGCGCCCUUGAAGCAGACUGGCUAGAAAUGACAACAUAUUACUACAAGCAAGGGUUUUCUUUAAUUGAUUCUUUCGUACACUGGGAAAUGCUCAGAGGAGAGCAAACACCAAAAUCAUUAGAUGGAUUGUUUGUCUAUGAAGAUGAAGCUCCUCGAGUUACUGCUUCAAAGAAUAAAGGAAACGAUGCUAUAAUAGUAGAACAAUUGACGGUAUUUGAGGGUUCUGAAAUUAAAACAGACUAUGGCCCUUUGUUGCACACUUUGGCAGAGUUUGGAUGGCUUUUGACGUGUGUUAUACCAACACCCAUUAUAAGACACAACAGUGAAGGGAAUUUGACAACAAAGCAAAUAAUUUUUCUUCAAAGACCAGUUAUGUCGCAUUCAUCUCAGUCAUCAGUUCCAUCAUGUGAGAAAAAGAUACAGAGACACUUAGUAAAUGAGGAAAAAAUUAUCACAUCCAACCGAAACAUUGGACUUCAAACUCCUGGAACACGUGUAGAUAUGGGACACACAUCAGAAGAACUGUACCUACCGUCUUCUAAGCAAUACUGGAAUAAAGAGAAUCGUCAAGAAUUUGGUGACUUUCCUGGAUUUAACAGCAAUGAUAGCAUGCUCCGGGAUUUGGACGAUUUACAGUUUGAUCAAGAAGAAGGUGUCACACAAGUUACUUGUAUGUGAUUAAGACUUCUAACAACAAAUCCAUUUCUAACUUUUUGACAUAAAAUUAAUUGCCUUGCCAUUACAUACAGGUAUACAAAUGUUUAUAUUUACUUACUUUGAAAAGAUCUUCCCAGUAUUAUGGCUCGUAGGACACUGAACACAGCUAUUCAAGUGCUUGUAAGACUGUAUUACACAUUUAACAUUAAAAGGAAUCGCUAUAAAUGUUUACAUAUUGUAAAAUUCAUAACUAGAAACAUGUUGCCCAGAUAACACAAAUAGUAAGACAUUUUCUUAAUGAAAUUUUUUCAAAAUUCUGGCAACAAACCUGUAUAAUGUUUCUGAUUAAGUGUUUGGCAAAAGUCUGGCAUGACAUUUUUUCACAGAGAAAUGCCAACCAGCAUUAAAGUGUCAGAGGAGUAAACAAUAUUUAAGUUUGAUAUCUUGAAAUUAUUUUGUGCUUUACUUUUGCAACCCAAAACCUUGUUGCUUUAAAAUAUACAAUGUCAAACAUACAUAAAAGUAUUGUGAUAUUGUGUAAUUAACAUAGUAAUAUUUUUAUUUAUGAUACCAUCAAAUAUUAAACUGCACAUAAUUGUCAAAUAACAGUUAUCUACCAGUAACAUUUAAACCGUGUAAUAGUUUGAUAUAAUUAUUCCUUUAUUUAAACAAUACAUCGAAGAAUCACAGGCCACAGCACAAAAGAUGGAAGUCUCCGCAUUCUUAUAUCUAGAGCUGUGAUUUAUUGGUUCCCACAUGCAACGUUUCAGCUCAAUGUAAGCCCAUAUUCUGAGUUAAUGUCCCCACCCUCCAAAACACCCAAACAGAGAUUGCGAAAACACUUACCCAUUGUUAAUAUCCAGCUUUUUUUUUUUAUAUAUAUUUUUUUUUUGUAUGCAGCCUCCAGUCACAGCUCUCCUGAUCCACACUGCAGUAUAAACCAACCAAAUGUGAUAAAAUUUGCUGCAUUCUAAUUCUUUUUAUGUCUGUGUCCUCUGCUGGUUCUCUUGAUCUCUUCUCUGUAAGCCUUGUAUUGUCUGCAGUCUGCCCAUCUCCCUCACUCACUGUCCACUGUACAGAAGCAGAGAUUCCUGCCUUUGACAAGAGCUGUUGCUCUUGUACUUACUUUUAAUAGUGGCAUACUAUAUGUUAUGAUGACACACACUAUGAUGUAUCCCCUCCCCAUUCCAUCCAUUGAGUUCAGUGGAUUAAAGGGGUACUCCGGUGGUUAAGAUUUUUGGCUAUAUUGCAUCAUCUUUUAAUGUUGAUGUUUUUUGCAAUUGACAUGUAUUAUAUGUUUGUGUAGCAUGUGUCUUUUUUGUUUGUAGUUCUGUGUUGGAUCUCUUACUGUUGUCCACAUGUUAGGAUUAGGCUGUGGACAGCAUGUCAUGGCUUUUUUUUUUCUCUGUUCUUUCAGAACUGCAUGAGAGAGAUAAGCCACGCCCCCUCAUCUCCCCCUCCAGGUGGUCACAGGUGUGCAUGAGAGAAAGAAUACAGAGCAGGGGGGAGAGAGGACAUAUACAGCUCCUCAUCUCCCCUCCCCCUGCUCUGUCUUCUGAGGAUGCAGGUCUGCACUGAAAGAAGACAGAGAAGAUAAGAGUGUUAUGUAAAGGGGAGGAUAACAAGGUGCAUGGGCUGGGGAUGUAUAGACUGCAGGGGAAUAAAUCUCGGACUGGGGAUGAUUUCUAAGUGUGUAUGACACAUGCUGGGAGUUGUAGUCCCUGUUAUGUGUGUAUGCUAGUGUUUACAAACCAGGGUGCCUCCAGCUGUUGCAAAACUACAACUCCCAGCAUGCCUGGACAGACUUUGGGCAUGCUGGGAGUUGUAGUUUUGCAACAGCUGGAGGCACACUGGUUGGGAAACACUGUCCUAGCCUAUUCAGCAUACAAAUCAUGCUACACCAGUUUCAAAACCAGUGUGCCUCCAGCUGUUGUAAAACUACAACUUCCAGCAUUCCCUGACAGUCUUUGGGCAUGCUGGGAGUUGUAGUUUUGCAACAGCUGGAGGCACACUGAUAGGGGAAAAAAAAGGAGCCGCCCCAAAACAGCAAGGCAUGUGGCAUGCUGGGAUUUAUAAUUUUCAGCACAGCAAGAAACAGGAAAUAGAAGCAAAGAUAGGAAAACAAAGUGGGGGAUAAAAAGACAACAAAGAACGGUAAUAGAGUAGCCUAAACAACAAGAAUAGAAAUGAAACAAAACAAAUGGAAAAACACAUUGACCACCGGAGUACCCCUUUAAAGAAGUUAAUCAGUCUGAAAAAACAAACCGUACCCGCAGGAUAGGGAAUAAGUGAAAGAUCAGUGGGGGUUAGACUGCUGGGACCCCCCUACGAUCUCCUGCCCGGUGCCCCCUGCAUGACUGAAGCUGUGGCUGACACGCCUCUUCUAGAUUAGACUACUCCUUUAAAUGUAGUGUUAUAGUGACUGUGUUUGGUUAAUUUAUUAGCAAAAACUUAUUUUUCCAGGAUUAGCAUCACGAUUUUGCCAUACUAUUUUGAACUGUUUUGGAAAACUUAUUCCCCAAAACUGCAUGCAAGUGUGUGCUCAAUAUGGUUCCCAUUGACUUCAAGGCAGUUUUUAUAAAGGAAAAAAACCCUUUGUAAACAGAAAAACAGGACACAAAACUGGACACAAAAUGGCAACAGCAAAAAAAAAGCACAUAAUCGUACACAACACAAAUACAAAAACUUACACAACCAGAUACAUCUUGUAGGGUAAUUUUUUUUGCCUCAGAGGUCAAUGUAUACGGUUUGCUAUAUGGUUGUAUGCGGUUUUCAAAUCCAAAACCGUAUACGGGAACCGUAUAGCAAAAUCAUGAUGUGAAUGCACCCUUAAAAAUCAGUCACACAGUCACUAUUAUACUACAUUUGGUGAAUCAAACUUUAUGGAUCUGGCUUGGGUACUAUCUUCUCUUAGAGAUCGGCAAUAACUGGUAACACACUAUAUACUCCUAGAGAUCAGUGAUAACUGGUAACACCCAGUGUGUGCGCGUAGCUAGGGUUGGUGUCACCUGGUGGGAAGAAAAUUGUUUCAUCCCACCCAGCAAGACACUAACUGCAAGAUGUAGUAGCGUUGAAGGUUUACAUGACUUUAUUCUGCAUGUUGCAUAGUAUACUACACAGCAUGGCUAAGAUCCUUUAGGAAUGUGGAUUUAAAUGCUGCUGCAGCUCUGUUGUAGGUCUCUGCACGAGCUCCAAUGCAUGUCCUGACUGCUCCCACCACAAAAAUAGUAUAUAUGUAUAUGGCAGCUUGUAAAACUCAGGCCUAGAUUUACCCCGUCAUUCGUAUUCUCUCCCUAAAAUUUUUUACCCUUAGAUGUCACCCUGGCCCCAAAUGUUUUUUUUUUUUAUAUUUCAGUGCAUCUCUGCAUAAUACAGCCCUGUACUUAUUAACAGCACUAUACAAUGGCAAAAGAAUUCCUCCUUGGGCUUAUAUACUGUAUCUACUGCAAAGAACAAGAAUAACUAUACCCUUCAUACAGCAACCAUAUAGUGAUGGAUACCUGUACUACACAGGCUAUUUACCCACAUAAGUCACUACAUACUGUUCAAAACCAUAUAUAUUUAAAAACCAGCACUGCACAGGAUACAUGCACCAUAUAAGUGACCUUCUCUUUCCUUCUCCAUCUGACAACCAUGACAACUUCUCCCAAAUGCCACUUGUCCAUGCAGAGUAUACUUCAUUAGUGUACCAUAAAAAUAUAUAAUAUCCUCAUAAUACCCCAACUGUGCCCCCCACUCACAAAUAACGUCCCUCCAUAUAUAAAUAUGCCCCUGUGCCCACUCACAUAUAAUGCCCCCUAUGCCAACUAAUAUUUGCCCCAGUGCCCAUAUUUAAACAUGCCCCAUGUACUCUUAUAUAUAAAUAUGCAACCCCUGUUAAUGAUGCCCCUGUGCCCAAACAGGAAAAAUUAAAACAAUUAUACUUGCCUAGUUCAGGUUCCCACGAUGUGCUCUCCUCUUCAGCUCUGCAGCCUAUGAGCUGCAGUACCGGGAUACCCCGGCCGACGCAAUGACAUCACAUCAUUGUGCCAGUUUGCAGGGGAUCUCGCAGAUGCUCAAAGGCUGCAAAGCUAAAAAGAUUGCAGCUUAUGACCGUGAAAAGCGGAGCAGGAACUGACAGCCCGCUAUGCCAUUCACUGAAUUGCAUCCGCCAAAGUAUCCCGGGGUGACCCCACAGCAAGAUGAUUUUUACAAACUUUACAAAGUUUUACUCUUUAUUCUUUUAAACAUUUCUUUGCAGUGAUGUUUGCUGCAUAUUCAGUACUUUUUAACUUUAGAAUACAAGUUAUAUAGUUGACUAUAAUUGACAAAAAGGGAGUAGUAUUAGGGUUUUACAUAGCAGUUUUGACUGUUUUCCUAGAACCUUAGUUGAUAGUCAAACCAUGAGGAACAGUGCAGCAUGGGCCACAAUGGAAUCCCAUGGAUUUUCGGCCUCUGUAUGCUCUGUGUUAUUAAUUUAAUAAAGAAUCGUUUCACUAACAGAUAGCAGCAACACAAACCAUUUACAAUGAUGCACAAGCCAAACAACAAGAACUAUGGUGAAAGGCUUGUAUUUGCCUAAUACAGCUUAUUCAUCCCAAUAAAAUGAAAUGUGUUCUUGUAGCAUCCCUCUCCAUAGUCUAACAUAUUGUGACAAAAUUGCAGGGGAAGAUGAUCUCUGAACUGUAGUAGUGGCGCAGCUACUUGCUUGUCUAUGAGGGUGCCAAUGUGACACAUAGGAGUCAGUGUUUGUUCUAAAUGUUAUGUAAUGUCAGUUUUUGCUAAUGGACACUAUGGCAAACCAUAAAUGUAGCUAGAGUUGCAUGUUAAAAUAGUAUUGACAAAAAUCUAGUCAUACUUGUUUUGAAGGAAUCUCAUUGCAGCAACUAAAUUUGUAGUCAGCAUGGAGAUAAGGUCAAAAAUUGUCUAGCAUUACAGCAUAUGAGGUGCCAAAUCUAGUCUGUGUAAAUUUAUUGUAUAUUUAUUUAAAAACUGUUAGGCGAUGACAUUUUCCACUACUGUUUUUUUAAGUAUAUUAGUAAUCAUCAAGUAUUAUUUUACAUACAGUAGAAUAUGGCUUAACGUUAUUUAAUUAACAGCUAGACAGGAAAUGAUUAUGCAGCAAGCAUUGCAUUCAUCUUUGGGGAAUAUCAGUGGUAGCUCUGAGCUGUAUUAUUGUAGCUUAUCAUAAUUAAUAAAAAAACAUUUAAGGGUAGGGUCACACGUAUACGCACCGUUGUUCUCGCUGUGUGAAAUCCGCUAUAUAUUUUACUAUGAGCAGACACAGUGGGCUACUAAGCGUCAUCCCUGUGUGUGUAGUAAGGUUUGGAGGCCUCCAGGCAGCUCCGUGUAUCUGCUCACAGGAGAAUAGUGUAUUUCUUGUUGUGCAGCAGAUUUUGCGCAGUGUGAAAUAGAUAUCAUACGUGUUACCCUACCCUAAAUAAAGGGUUAGGAAAAUACCUAGUAUUAUUGCAUAUGAUAUGAUUACUCUUAUAUAUGUAACUAGCUGUUAAUGUGAAUAACAGCAAAAAGUAUAUUUGCUGCAACACAUUUAUAUAAAGUUUUGCAAUAUUCGUAAAUGCACUCAUUAUGGCCUUACUAUUUAAAGGAGAACUACACUACUUUACUGCUCAUACCCUAUGCCUUCAACCUGCUGCCUGGGCUCCUUACAUGACACUGCAUUCAGCCUAUCACCGGCCAAGGCGGGACAUCGCCGCGGCCAGCGAUACAUUGACUGCAGUGUAACGAUCCGUGCACAUGGAAGGAAGAAGACCAGAGGCCCGAAGAGCUAUAAUGGCACAACGGGGGAACGGAGGAAGGUGAGUUAAUGUUUGUUUCGUUUUUAUUUAUUUUUUUGCAGCCUGGGCACAACAGGAUGAAGAAAAUUUUCAUUAUUUUAAGUGUAUUUAGAGCUACUGUACCACAUUCUAUACCACAUUACUAAUUAUUUCAGUGAAUGGUUGUUAAAUAAUUAUUAUCACCCACCAGAUAGAUUUUUUUUUUUACCAGUUAUAUAAGUAAAAUGUUUAUAAAUCUAACUCCAACUGUAUAGUAAAAUAAGUGUCAAUAAAAAUUUAUUUUGCAAUGUUAUAUUUUACUUGUUUAUUAAAAAAAAAUAAUAAUAAUAAAGCA